CGUCUUCGCUGUUGUCAGAUACCACCAUGGAGCAAUACCAGUCUGACCCCUAUGCCGCCAUCUUGGGUCCUUAUUCUGACAACGCAUUUAUGGAUAGCAAUACCGGUAUUGAUCCACAGGUCUCCCCUAUGGGCGCCAACCAUAAUGGCACAGCACAUCCAUCAGGCAAUCCGCCGAGGAAUGACGCGCCAAAUGCGAGCACAGACGAAUCAUUUAUGAUGUUGCUGAAGCAACUCGUACAACUGAUUAUUGAAUCCAGAAAGGAGAUCAAGGAAGUAAACGAAAAGCUGCAGACAAUUCAGCAAGAUUUAAGAAGAAGAGAAGAGUUAGAGCGGUCAAAGAGGUCACAGGAGAAUGCAAGAAAGCACGGAAUGGAACCACCACCAAGAAACAGACCCCUCUAUCGCGGCCCAUAUCACCCAGAUAGGUCUCGUAUGCUUUUUCCACCUCAGAAUUCUGCACCCUAUCCCCCUUUUACUCAAUCAGAACAGGAAUGGGAGAACGACUUUUACUAGAAGCAUCAUAUGUAUAUCUUAUACAUGGUUACAAAAGUCACAGUCAUUGGCAUGAAAAUCCAAUGUCGCGCAUGGCUCUGUCGCUACUGGUCACUGUGAUAGUGAUAACACACAGAAAAGGUUUCUAUACGUCAGCCUCAGCGAGCGGGCAGGUGAUGCACAUAGGGCAUAAAACAUAAUGAUUAUUAAACCGCUGGUUAGGCAACAUCUAUAAAGGCAAAUUCGAUUUAUUACAGAGUUCA